GGGAGAUUUAGAGCCAAGAACCAGUUCUCAGAGAUAGCCUCAGACGACACUGUGUCCACCUGCGCACCCCGGGACGCUCAGCGACCAUGUAUCCCAGCGGGCUAGGAGCCCGAGCGGCGGCGGUGCGGAAGGUAUGUCUUCUCUCCUUGCUGCUCGUUGGCCUCUGGGGCCGUGCGGCUUGUCACGAGAGCCCCGUGGAGGACAUCUGCACGGCCAAGCCCCGGGACUUCCCUCUGAACCCCAUGUGCAUUUACCGUUCCCCAGAGAAGAAGGCAAUGGAGGAUGAGGGGUCAGAACCGAAGAUCCCCGAGGCCACCAAUCGUCGGGUCUGGGAACUGUCCAAGGCCAAUUCCCGCUUCGCCACCAUCUUCUAUAAGCACCUGGCAGCCGCCAAGAAGGACACUGACAACAUUUUCCUGUCACCCCUGAGCAUCUCCACGGCUUUUGCGAUGACCAAGCUAGGUGCCUGUAACGAUACCCUCAAGCAGCUGAUGGAGGUUUUUAAGUUUGAUACCAUCUCCGAGAAAACAUCUGAUCAGGUUCACUUUUUCUUUGCCAAACUGAACUGCCGACUCUAUCGAAAAGCCAACAAAUCCUCCAAGUUGGUAUCAGCCAAUCGCCUUUUUGGAGACAAAUCCCUUACCUUCAAUGAGACCUAUCAGGACAUCAGUGAGGUGGUCUAUGGAGCCAGGCUGCAGCCCCUGGACUUCAAGGGAAACGCAAAGCUGUCCAGAGCAAUCAUCAACGACUGGAUCUCCAACAAGACCGAGGGCCACAUCACGGACGUUCUUCCUGAAGACGCCAUUGAUGAGCUCACUGUCCUGGUGCUGGUUAACACCAUUUACUUCAAGGGCCUGUGGAAGUCCAAGUUCAGCCCUGAGAACACAAGGGACGACGUAUUCAACAAGGCCAACAAGGAGUCCUGUUUGGUGCCUAUGAUGUACCAGGAAAGCAAGUUCCGCUAUCGGCAGGUGGAAGAAGGCACCCAGGUGCUGGAGCUGCCCUUCAAGGGUGACGACAUCACCAUGGUGCUCAUCCUACCCAAGCCUGAGAAGAGCUUGGCCAAGGUGGAGCAGGAGCUCACGCCGGAGGUGCUGCAGGAGUGGCUGGAUAAGCUGGAGGAAACCAUGCUGGUGGUCUACUUGCCCCACUUCCGCAUCGAGGACAGUUUCAGCCUGAAGGAGAAGCUGCAAGACAUGGGCCUUGUUGAUCUGUUCAGCCCUGGCAAGUCCAAACUCCCAGGCAUUGUUGCAGACAGCAGGGAUGACCUCUAUGUGUCUGAUGCGUUCCAUAAGGCGUUUCUUGAGGUCAACGAGGAAGGCAGUGAAGCAGCAGCAAGCACUGUCAUCGGGAUUGCUGGCCGUUCGCUGAACCUUAACAGGGUGACCUUCCGGGCCAACAGGCCCUUCCUCGUUCUCAUAAGGGAAGUGGCUCUGAACACUAUUAUCUUCAUGGGCAGAGUAGCCAACCCGUGUACUACCUGAAGCAUUCUUAUUCUUUGCACCUCUUCUAUUUUGGUUUGUGAGUAGAACUAAAAAUAAACACGACUGCUCCCAUCUCACAA